UAUUAAUCAAGUCAAAUCUUUGUGAAAAACAAUGUUAACAUCAAUUUUAUAUAGUAAUUGCCGUAAAAUCAAGUAUCCAUUAUUGGGAACCUUCAAAAUUCUUCCGAAUUCUUCGGGAAAAGAUGUUCUCUCUAAAGUUGGAAUCAGAAAUGGCUCUAAUUACGCAAAUAGAAGAAAACACAUAGAUCUUUCUGUAGAAUCCAAGUAUUUACAGUUAACGCUUCCUUCAGUUAUGGAUGAAAUUAUAGACGAACAGUUGGUUUAUCACAGACAUCAACCGAAUUUAAAAGAAAGAUAUAGAAAUCUACUAAACCAUGUGUUAAAUCUUGUAGAUCUGUAUUUAUCGGUACCUCUAUUUUUUAUUCGUUCGUACAGGGAAUUUGAAAAUCCUGCCCUUCAAAUAGAUGAAAAUUUAAAGAAAGCAGCUAUUUUAGCUUGGUCUAUAAAACUGGCUGAGGUUUCCAUGAUAAUAGAUGACGACAUAAUAGAUAAAUCUAAUGUCAGAUAUUUAAGACCCACUUGGUAUAAACAACCCGACGUUGGAGUAGAAUGUGCAAUUUGCGACUCUUCAUUCCUGUUAAGCGGGGGCCACAUUUUGCUCUUGAAUCACUUUCGAACGCAUCCGCAAUUUUCGAACAUAUUAAAGGAAUACUACGUUAAUUACUCCACGUGUAUGGUGGCUCUUUGUAUUGAUAGUAAAAAAUAUAAAGUGCAGGAACUUAAGCUAGACUUUGCUAAAGCAUAUCCUAUAACGAUAAUCUGCGUAAUCUGCGCAAUGUAUUUCACUAAUAUCGUGGAUCCAUUUAUUCAUGUUACAGCCAAAGAAUUUUUGAAAGAGCUUGCAAGAUACGUCCAAAUAGAGGAUGAUGUCAAAUGCGUCUUUAAUACGAAUUCAGAAAAAGAUUGCACGGAUGUGGCCGAGGGAAAAAAUUCUUGGUUGGCGAUUCAAGCUUAUGAGCGAGGAUCACGAGAACAACGAUUCGUACUUGAAAAUCACUACGGCAAAAGCGAUAACGACUCUCAAAUCAAAAUAUAUCAAUUAUACAAAGAAUUGCGAUUGGACGACCAGUUCGAAGUAUUUAAAGAAGAUUUUUAUGAGUCUAUGUUUGAAAGAAUACAAUCACUCCCUAAGGAACUGCCCAAACAAUUGUUUUUUGAUUUGUUGGAUUAUGGAUUAUCAGGCAGAAUACAAUCAUAACAAAUUGAAUAUGUUCUUUACCUAGUAUGUUCCUAUUUAAAAAUUUAUAAAUUUCUCUAUUUUGCCGAUGUGAAAUAAGAGUAAAAAUAAUAGAUAUUACGGUAAAGUAAAAAGAAU